AUUCUUAUCGGCAAUGCUUUACAUAUAUGCCAUGCACCCUGUAAACGUGCGCGGUAAGUGCAUCUGGUCAGGGUAAAAUGACGAUCGGCUUGUUUAGACGAGGGAUUUUGAAUUUUUUGACACUUCUUGCACUCCACAUCCAGAAGAAGGCUCACGGUUCAAGUCAUGUGCAAACACGAACUGCUAAUCUGGACACCAACUUUUCCAUAUGGCCCGACGAAACCAACAUCCGUUUCUGCAUCGACAGUUAUUACACUGCAACGGAAGCACAGUAUAUACGGGAUGCGGCUACUGAAGUAUCAAACAAUCUAAACGGUUGCGUGCAAUUUAAGGAAAUUCAAUGCUCGGAUACUCUAUACAAAAUUCACGUGUCACCUUACGACGAAAAUGGAGUGCUCCAAACAUUCUGUUAUUCGUAUCCGGGUCAGAACAACGUGGUCAUCAAUAAGGGCAUAAAUGAGCAGCGGAUGGUUGUCACUCGGGGUUCGUAUGGAUGCUUGGACGGGGUCAAACACACCUUAAUGCGCUACUUCACAAUUGUUCUCGGGAAGCGAAAUGAGCACCAGCGUGGCGACAGGGAUCAGUACAUAACGGUUUCGACUACAAACCUGGGCGUUCCGAAUGCCUACCGGAAGUAUGGCACAAACGAAGCCUACUGGGCACUCUAUCCGUAUGAUUUUUGUUCUAUUACGCACAAUCAGCCGACGGACUUCGCUCUUCCCGGAUCAGUGGCGUUUAGCGUUAUUCCCGGUCCUUACAACGUACCCAAACUUAAUCAGUUGAGCAACACCGAUUGUCAAAUUCUUUCCCGGAUGUAUGGAUGCCCUGUUGCUUCGUGUCCCGCUUUGGAUUGUGCUGCACAGCAGCUGCAGCUGGCGUCCACCUGCGAUCCCACCACAAUGUGUACCGGUUCGCCGGAUGAGUCCACUUACCUGAUCGGUCCAUACCAGUUUUACCAAACUUUCUUACUCUUUAAAGGCGGGUGUGUACUGGAAUACACGUAUGACUAUCUGACCGGGAAUUUACUGCGGAAUGUGGACAGCAAUGGUCAACAAAUUUCUCCACAAGCGACAUCGACAUACUUCCAUUUUCCUGGUGGUCCAACAUUUACGCCGCCCAUCGUUGACCUGGCUUACAUGACAUAUAACCCGGCUACGGGCGGCAAUUCGUAUAUGAUAAACGUGGUUAAUCGGCAAACAGGAAAACAGCUGACAUGCCCGUCAAAUGGAGCAUUCUCUUCUGGCGCGUUGGCCGUGGACUGUCCAACGGCCGCUACGACUUCGGGGUCGGCCGUUCCGUUGAGCAAAGCCACCAGUGCUUCGUCACAACAGUUUCAGGGUGUUCCUCUGACUUUGUACCAAUACGUUGUGCUUCCGGGCGAUACUGAAAUCGGCUUGAUGGACGCCACCUUUACAACGUUAUACUCCCAAACAACAAACUUUUUGGCCGGACAGAGCAGCAUUGUGAAGAUAACCGCGAUCCAGAUUAUGCAGGAUGAGAAAGAUCCACAGCAAAACGUACGCUUUGGUAUAUUCGGCGUGGGUGCAGACGGUGUCACACCGUACUUUGGUUAUGUGAACAUGUUGGUUACCGCAGUUGAAACAUUGAGUUUAUCUGAUCCGGUGGUUUUGCCCGCUCCUAAUCCUGGAGAAAGGUGGGUUGCGGAGCCAAAGCUUCUGAGGACCGUUCUCCAAGGAUGUUAAAAAACUGCAUUAAAAAUACGAGGUGUUUUUCUACUAUAGUUACUCUGUUGUUAACAGUCAAGUGAACUGAUAAUUAUUAUUUGUGGUAAUCUCUAAUAAAGCUCAGUA